GGUAUGUGCUCGCAUCACAAGCGUGUCCCUUUCCUCACCUUUCCCACCCCAUCUCUACCUCAAAACUCUCCAGCGUGUGCUGAGAGAGAGAGUGAAAGAGUCUGCGUUGGGUGUGUUGCGUAGCACUUUUGUCAAUGGCGAUGGUGAAUUCUGCAGCUGGUCUUCUUCGCUGCUGCUGCUCCAACACACCCCCGCGACGUCUCCUUCCUCUGCACUCUCCAUCCUCGUCGCAUCCCGUCAAUACCCGACUGCAGCUGUCGACUCCUCCGUUCCCGGGUUGUGCUGUAUCCAGGACUGAGGCCAAGAGAGCUCUCCUCCCCGGCACGUCCUCGGCUUCCAAGGACGAGGCUCGCGAACCCAUCACCGAUGCCAACUUCGACAUGGACGGAACGGCGGACAGGCCCGGCGGGACUCUCCUCUGCUCCUUCUCUCCUCUUCCCCUCCUCUUCCUCACUGCGCUUCCUGGAGCUGGGACAGUGAGAUCUCUGUUUGGGCCUUUCGUUGAGCUUGUUAAAACCUUGAGUCUCCCUGAUUGGCUUGUGCAUUGGGGUCACCCAGGCAAUAUGGCUGUCGUGCUCUUUGCAAUGGGCGGAUACGGAACAUAUCUUGGUUUUCGUAUUAAAUUUUCCGAUGAUGUGGAAGAGAAGGCCAAGGCAAAAGACUUGCACCCGAAGCUUCUCGGUGGAAUGUUUUUCUUCUUUGCUCUUGGUGCAACCGGUGGUGUGACAGCUCUACUCACCUCAGACAAACCUAUAUUCGAGAGUCCUCAUGCUGUCACAGGAUUCAUAGGCCUAACACUUUUGACUGUUCAGACAGUGUUACCUUCCUUGUUUGAGGGUAAUCCAGGAUUAAGAAAUGUCCAUGGGAUCUUGGGUAGCGGGAUCAUGACUCUGUUUCUCAUUCAUGCCGCCCUUGGACUUCGACUUGGCCUCAGCUUCUAAUCGUCGACAUAUACAUGCCCGGUUACAUUAUACCUCUUUCUAGGAUGUUUUUAGUCAUAGAUAUUGUAUCAAAAUUGGAGAUGGACGGAAAGCAAAGAAUGAGAAGUUGUUUCUACACAAAGCGUUUGUUCUGUUUUUCUGUUGUGUUCUUCCCAUGGCAAAACAGAAAGCAUAAGCAAAUGCUGAUAGACAAAGGGCAGAAUAAACCGAUGCAGAGCUAACAUUAUUCGGCUGAGUGUUGAUGCA